UAACUGGUGAGUUACUGUGAGUAACUGGUGUGUUACUGGUGAGUUACUGGUGAGUUACUGGUGAGUAACUGGUGAGUUAUUGAUGAGUUACUGGUGAGUUACUGGUGAGUUAUUGAUGAGUUACUGGUGAGUUACUGGUGAGUUAUUGAUUAGUUACUGGUGAGUUACUGGUGAGUAACUGUUGAGUAACUGUUGAGCAACUGGUGAGUUACUGGUGAGUAACUGGUGAGUAAAUGGUGAGUUAUUGAUGAGUUACUGGUGAGUAACUGGUGAGUAAAUGGUGAGUUAUUGAUGAGUUACUGGUGAGUAACUGGUGAGUAACUGGUGAGUAACUGGUGAGUUAUUGAUGAGUUACUGGUGAGUAACUGGUAAGUAAAUGGUGAGUUAUUGAUGAGUAACUGGUGAGUAAAUGGUGAGUUAUUGAUGAGUUACUGGUGAGUAAAUGGUGAGUAAAUGGUGAGUUAUUGAUGAGUUACUGGUGAGUAACUGGUGAGUAACUGGUGAGUUAUUGAUGAGUUACUGGUGAGUAACUGGUAAGUAAAUGGUGAGUUAUUGAUGAGUAACUGGUGAGUAAAUGGUGAGUUAUUGAUGAGUUACUGGUGAGUAACUGGUAAGUAAAUGGUGAGUUAUUGAUGAGUAACUGGUGAGUAAAUGGUGAGUUAUUGAUGAGUAACUGGUGAGUAAAUGGUGAGUUAUUGAUGAGUUACUGGUGAGUUACUGGUUUCUGCUUGUUUAGACUUGUUUGUGUUUCUCUUCCUUUCUACUCGGGUGUGCAACCUUAUCACAACCAUGGGGGAAAUUAAUGGGAGAGAAAGCUGUUUGUGUGUGUGUGUGUGUGUGUUAGGAAGUGCUUUACAGCCGGUGUGGGAGUUGUGUGUGAGAUUGUCUUUAUGAGCGGCUUUAGAGACCAAGGGGCUUAGAUUGGGCUGUCAGAGAUGCCGGUUUGCAGAUUGAAGCAGAAAAAAAAUAUAUAAAAAUGGUUUUAUUGUCACAUACACUGGAUAGGUGUAGUGAAAUGUGUUGAUAUUCAGGGUCAGUCAUAGUAGUAUGAUAGGUGUAGUGAAAUGUGUUGUUAUACAGGGUCAGUCAUAGUAGUAUGAUAGGUGUAGUGAAAUGUGUUGUUAUACAGGGUCAGUCAUAGUAGUUUGAUAGGUGUAGUGAAAUGUGUUGUUAUACAGGGUCAGUCAUAGUAGUUUGAUAGGUGUAAUGAAAUGUGUUGUUAUACAGGGUCAGUCAUAGUAGUAUGAUAGGUGUAGUGAAAUGUGUUGUUAUACAGGGUCAGUCAUAGUAGUAUGAUAGGUGUAGUGAAAUGUGUUGUUAUACAGGGUCAGUCAUAGUAGUAUGAUAGGUGUAGGUGUAGUGAAAUGUGUUGUUAUACAGGGUCAGUCAGAGUAGUACAACUCCACUGGAGCACAUUAGGGUGAAAUGCCUUGCUCAAGGGCACCGUAACAGAUCUUUCCACCUGUCGGCUCAGGUAUUCAAACCUGUAACCUUUCAGUUACUGGCCCAACACUAUUACCGCUAGGCUACCUGUCACCCUAGAAUGCUGUCAGUGCAUAUUUUCCAUGAGUGAGAGUGUGUGGGGGUCUACGUAUUUAAGAGAGCACACUUGUACACACGUGUACACGUGCAUGCCUUUGUGUAUACUGUAUGAACGUGUAUUUAAUGAUGCACACUGUAACUGGUCCAUUGUGAUAUUGUAAAUAAUGCUUUCUUGAUCUAAAUCCUUCACCCAAGCAACCUUCUCAAACAGUGUUCUUUAUUCUAACACACAGAAAGCAUAAUUUAACACACCCAGAGAACAAAGUCAAAAGAAAACAGUCACCUUGACCAUAAAGGAUCGUACAUUGGAGUCCUGGUUUUCACUGAAUUGUUUAGUUGACCCCCUGUUUUUUUUACAGUGUGUGUGUGUUGUCAUCUCACCCAUAGUGUAAGGAGGUAUGUAGAAUACAUAGGUUACGCAGAUGUUUUUUUUAUCUUAACAAUAUCAUACCCACACUCACAUACUCACUUAAAUGUGAACAUCAAUAUGCACAUGCAUGCACCCUUUGCACACGCGCGCAUAUACACUACAAUACAAUACACUGCACUACACUCUAACCCCCCUGCUUCCUCUUUGUGGAAACGCUGUGCUGUUAGUCCUGUCUGUCAUCCUGCUUCUCCUUUCUCUCCUCCCUGUCUCCCUCUCUUUCCCCUCUUUUAUCUCAUCUAAUCACUGUGCAUUUUUUGGGUCGGUUUAGGCUCCUCGACAGAAAUGUAACCUUGCUGUUUCCGUCAUCAUCAUCAUCAUCAUCAUCACCAUCUCCCUAUCUUUACCUCCAUUUAUUUUCCUUUAGAUCUCUCACUUCAUCCACCUCACCUUUUCCUCACUCUACCUCCAUCUCUCCAUCCCUGCAUCUCCAUCUCCCCAUCCCUCCAUCUCUCACUCUCUCCAUCUCUCCAUUCCUCACUCUCUCCAUCUCUCAUCCCUCUAUCUUUCCAUCCCUCCAUCUCGCCAUCUCUUUAAUUCUUGUCCCCUCUUCACAGCUUUUCGCCUUCCUCAUCGACCUCUAUUUCAUUCUCUACCUUUAUUUCUCCCCAGUUAUUCAUUCAUCGCUCGUUCCCAUGAUAUUCAGGCCUCUGAGACUAUGCCACCGCAACCACCUGGCAUGGGUCACAAAAUGUGACUUUACCACUGUUGUGUCAUCAGCAAACUUAAUGAUGGUGUUGGACUCUUGCCUGGCCGUGCAGUCAUGAGUGAACAGGGAGUACAGGAGGGGACUGAGAACGCACCCCUGAGGGACCCCCGUGUUGAGGAUCAGCGUGGCGGAUGUGUUGUUACCUACCCUUACCAUCUGGGGGAGGCCCGUCAGGAAGUCCAGGAUCCAGUUGCAGUGGGAGGUGUUUAGUCCCAGGGUCCUUAGCUUAGUGAUGAGCUUUGAGGGCACUAUGGUGUUGAACGCUGAGCUGUAGUCAAUUAAUAGCAUUCUCCCAUAGGUAUUCCUUUUGUCCAGGUGUUAAAGGGCAGUGUGGAGUGCAAUAGAGAUUGCAUCAUUUGUGGAUCUGUUGGUGCGGUAUGCAAAUUGGAGUGGGUCUAGGGUUUCUGGGAUAGUGGUGUUGAUGUGAGCCAUGACCAGCCUUUCAAAGCAUUUCAUAGCUACAGAUGUGAGUGCUACGGGUCGGUAGUCAUUUAGGCAGGUUACCUUAGUGUUUUUGGGCACAGGAACUAUGGUGAUCUGCUUGAAAUAUGUUGGUAUUACAGACUCAGACAGGGAGAGGUUGAAAAUGUCAGUAAAGACACUUGCCAGUUGGUCAGCGCAUGAUCGGAGUACACAUCCUGGUAAUCUGUCUGGCCCUGCGGCCUUGUGAAUGUUGACCUGUUUAAAGGUCUCACAUGCUGACUACACGGCUUGCGUUGCGUGCGCUCGCGUUGCAAAAUAAAUGUACACAUACAUGUUAUUCAAUCAUUGCACCCACACUCCUCGCGCGCGCCAACGAGCGUCUGCGUUGCCAAGUGCUAAAAUAGAAGUCAGUUCUAUUUGUGAUGCUGAACGCGAUGCAAGUCCUGCCUCUCCCAUCUCCUCAUUGGUUUAUAAGCAGAUACCCACGUGCCAUCUCCUCUUUGGUUAUACCCACGUGGGUGAUUGAAAGAUGAACUGAGGUCAAUCGGUCGUCGUGGUAAUACUAUGAAAGUUAGAUGCUCAACAUUUAUAUCCCAGGACAAAUUAACUAGCGACAGAAAGCUAGCUUUUUAGGACAAAUUAGCUAGCAGCUGCAAGCUAGCUAGCUAAAUUUGCCAUAAAUGUUUAAUGCUUAUCGACCUGACCCCAAAUUAAUAUAAUUGAUUUAGAGUUUGUUUUGAUAUUUGAACCUGUGUGUUGUGAUCUCAUUUGGUGUGGGGGGACAAAUACAAUUUGCGCACGAUAGCGCGCGUGCGUGGGGGUCCGGUCUGUGCAUGGUGUUACUAAAAUCGGCUGCGGAGAGCGUGAUCACGCAGUCAUCCGGAACAGCUGAUGCUCUCAUGCAUGUUUCAGUGUUACUUGCCUCAAAGCGAGCAUAGAAGUUAUUCAGCUCGUCUGGUAGGCUCGUGUCACUGGGCAGCUCUCGGCUGUGCUUCCCUUUGUAGUCUGUAAUAGUUUCAAGCCCUGCCACAUCCGACGAGUGUCAAAGCCGGUGUAGUACGAUUCGAUCUUAGUCCUGUAUUGACACUUUACCUGUUUGAUGGUUCGUCAACGGGCAUAACAGGAUUUCUUAUAAGCUUCCGGAUUAGAGUCCCGCUCCUUGAAAGUGGCAGCUCUACCCUUUAGCUCAGUGCGAAUGUUGCCUGCAAUCCAUGGCUUCUGGUUGGGGUAUGUACAUACAGUCACAGUGAGGACGACAUCCUCUAUGCACUUAUUGAUAUUGGAAAAAUUCCGGAACAUAAUCCAGUCUGUGAUAGCAAAACAGUCCUGUAGUUUAGCAUCUGCUUCAUCUGACAACUUUUUUAUAGACCGAGACACAGGUGCUUCCUGUUUUAAUUUUUGCUUGAAAGCAGGAAUCAGGAGGAUAUAAUUAUGGUCAGAUUUGCCAAAUGGAGAGCGAGUGAGAGCUUUGUACACGUCUCUGUGUGUGGAGUAAAGGUGGUCUAGAAUUUUUUUCCCUCUGGUUGCACAUUUAACAUGCUGAUAGAAAUGAGUUAAAACUGAUUUAAGUUUCCCUGCAUUAAAGUCCCCGGCCACUAGGAGCGCCUCCUCUGGAUGAGCGUUUUCCUGUUUGCUUAUGGCGGUAUACAACUCAUUGAGUGCGGUUUUAGUGCUAUCAUCAGUCUGUGGUGGUAUGUAGACAGCCACAAAAAAUACAGAUGAGAACUCUGUAGGUACAGUAGAUAGUGUGGUCUACAGCUUAUCAUGAUAUACUCUACCUCAGGUGUGCAAACCUUGAGACUUCCUUAGAUAUUGUGCACCAGCUGUUGUUCACAUAUAUGCAUAGGCCCCCGCCCCGUCUCUUACCAGAGGCUGCUGAUCUAUCCUGCCGAUAGAGUGUAUAACCCGCCAGCUGUAUGUUCUUAGUGUUGUUGUUCAGCCACGACUCGGUGAAACAUAAGAUAUUACAGUUUUUAUUGUCCUGUUGGUAGGAUAUACGUGCUUACAGUUCAUCCCAUUUAUUUUCCAGCAAAUGAACGUUAGCUAGCAGGACAGAAGGCAAAGGUAGAUUAGCCACUCAUCGCCUGAUCCUCACAAGGCACACUGAUAUUUUUCCGCAAAAUCUUAGUUUCCUUCUCUAGCGAAUGAUCUGGGCCUGGUUGGUUGUCUAUAGUAUAUCCCUCCCGUCUGACUCAUUGAAGAAAAACUCUCCAUCUAAUAUGAGGAACCUGGCCUAUCCUGUUAUCCAGCAAAAUGAGUGGAAGAUGAGUCACUGAGAAGAGGUAUUGGAAGAGAAAAAAAGAGAGAGAAAGAGAGAGAGAGAAAACGUGAGAAAGCAAAAGAGGAAGAUAGAACAUUAUGGGGAGUCACACAACAUUAUCCCACUCCUUAGCAAUCCAAUCUCCCUCCAGCCCCGUGGGACAAUAGUGGGUUGGAAAGGCAAGCCUGCAGAUUCAUUGAUGGGAAGGAUGGACAAAGUGUAUUCAGGGGAGUCAUGCCUAUUUGUCGGUAGGUACCGUGCCCCCGUCACGAUCUUCUGCGAUAUUAUUAAGACUAAGUUGGAGCUGACUGUACAGUUUCCAGGAGUCAUGCAACGGAACUGUGUGCCCCGUUCUCACACUCACCUCUCUUUUCUGGGUCUUCACACUUAUUUCAUGUGAAAUGAAAUCUCUUUUAGAUGUAGAUUUUGUAUGAGGGAGAUCUGAGCCAUGCUUUAAGUUGGCAUUUGCUCCCAUGUUUAACGUACUGAUAUCAAUUUUACAUUUAAUGUGGCUAUAUAGAACAGAUCUAUAAGGAAAUCAGGACUCUAUGUGGACUAUUACCAUAAAUAAAUAAAUAAAUAAAGUUCUGUGGACUAUGAGAAUCCGGUUCACCCUGAUGACUUAUUUUAUGAAGUCCAGGAUACAGUUCUCUCUAUCUGUAAUUUGAGCAAAGUACAGACCAUCUGGCUUUGGAUAUCUCAGGAAGUCAGAUAUCCAGAGAAACACACACACACACACACCUGAGGAAGGACUAGUCCUUUGGAGUGCUGCAGAAGUGGAAUGACAGGACAAACAGCACUGCAGUGUGACAGUUAUUUCCAAGCAUCUCCAUGAUCACUCAAACCAAUAAGCUACAGCUGUCUCCCCAGAUCUGCUUGUUGAUGGCACUCCAGCUCAACAAAUCCGAUAAUACCGAUAAUCCAUUGUCAUAGAGAAUAAAUAAUAGUCAACAGACAAAUUGCAUUGAGCUAGAUAGAAUAUAAUUACUCUCUGACAGAGGAUUUAAUCACAUCAAACGGCCUGCAGAGACUGUGGAUGUCGGGGGAAAGAACAAGACGCCACAGGAGACAUGGUGAGCAAAGAGACUAAUCACUUGGUCACUGGCCAACACACCAACAGCAAGACCACCGACAAGCUGCCUGGCACCAUGACAGUGCGCUCAGUGCUGCUCAACCGCGACUCGCCGGAUAUCGAGAGCCGCUUAAAGCGCCGCCGCAACCGCACCCAGCAGGUCCGCUUCAAAGACCUGGAGGAUGGACUAGGCAGCGGGACCACUGGAGCCAAGAGCUACCAGAGGACUGCCGCUGAGUGUGACAGCCCCCACCCCUUCCGGAAGAACAGCCCCACAAGCCCCAUGGCCCCCCAAGGAUGGCUUACGGAGGCCUCGGUGGUGGGGGCAGUCCGAGGGGACAUGGCAGAAACCAUUGAGGUGGUGGCGGCGUUUUUGGCUCGGGCGCCCCCUCACCCGCUCACCCCAGGGCCCACGCGCCGCUGCUGGGCACCACCACCAUCACCCCCACUGCCGUGCUCACUCACGCUGCCCCUCUCCCAGAGGCAGUGCACUAGCAUGGCCAACCAGACCUCCCCCCGCCUCCAGAAGCCCAAGCCCUCCGUGCUCUCAAAUGUCCGCAGCGUGGGGGACUCGGUGGGGGUGGAUGGGGAGUACAAACAGGACAGCGAACAUGAUGAGUACCACACUGCCCACAACUACCUUUCAGAGCCUGCAUCCAGAGAUGGAAACGGCCCUGGGUUUAAUGCUAAGCAGGGAUUGGUGAACCAAACCCAGUGCCUCAGGACUAGUGAGGCUAACGCUAGCUCCCUUGCUGUUGGGAAUCACAUGGACUCUUCCUGGCAUAACUCUUCUUGUUUUUCCCCUCCUAAAUGCCAGGGGAGUGCAACUCCAUCCCAAGUGAGGAGGAGAAGGCGCAUAAACAAUGCUAUCAGUGACCCAGGAAGGGAGGUGUCCUACUGUACCACUCCAACGCAGACGGACAGUCCCUGUGUCUCCCCUUCUAACACCCUACCUCCCUUGACAGUGCAGCCCUGCACCUGCCCACCUCCCUUGACUGUGGGACCAUCCACCUCCUCACCUCCCUCGACUGUGGGACCCUCCACCUCCCCACUUCCCUCGACUGUGGGACCCUCCACCUCCCCACCUCCCUCGACUGUGCAGGCCUGCCCCACCCAAACAAAAGCUGACAGCCCCUCCACCUGCCCACCUCCCUUGACUGUGGGACCCUCCACCUACCCACCUCCCUUGUCUGUGCAGGCCUGCACCAUGGAGGGUUCCCAGGGUUCCCAGGGAACUGACCGUCCCUCCACCUUCCCACCUCCCUCGACUUUGAGACCCUCCAUCUCCUCACCUCCUACUGUGCCCUCCACCUUGCAAACUCAGACUGUGCUUUACUAUGCCUCCUUACCUAAAACUGUGCUAACCUCCACCCAUCCACGUUGUGAAAUUCCCCCACUGGUGGUUCUGCCUUGCGUCUCCCAGAAUGAGUCCACCUGUACAUCUCCCCCCAGAAAAUCUGUGCUUCCUCUGACUGUGCUUCCAUCUAAAGCUCAAACCACUCCACAUCACACUACACAAACUGAACCUGUUCCACCCUGUACCUCCCUGAUUCAAAUCAAACCAACAUGCACCACCACAACUACAACCAAAGCCUCAAUUCCAAAUUGGCCCACCCAACCACCAACUCCAAUGAUAGAUCCGGACACAGCCCCAAAUUGCCUCAACCCAAAACAAACUCAUGUUCUAGCCCCCUACACUGCCCAAUUUUUCCCCACUCCAAAUCCAACGAUAGCCCCCUACACUGCCCAAUUUUGCCCCACUCCAACUCCAACGAUAGCCCCCUACUCAGCCCCAUCUUUCUCCACGACCCCGACUCCAACUCCAACGAAAGCCUCCUACUCAGCCCAAACUUUCUCCACCACCCCAACUCCAACUCCAACGAUAGCCCCCUACUCAGCUCCAACUUUCUCCACCACCCCAACUCCAACUCCGACGAUAGCCCCUUACUCAGCUCUAACUUUCUCCACCACCCCGACUCCAACUCCGACGAUAGCCCCCUACUCAGCUCCAACUUUCUCCACCACCCCGACUCCAACUCCAACGAUAGCCCCCUACUCAGCCUCAACUUUCUCCACCACCCCGACUCCAACUCCAACGAUAGCCCCCUACUCAGCUCUAACUUUCUCCACCACCCCAACUCCAACUCCACCGAUAGCCCCCUACUCAGCUCUAACAUUCUCCACCACCCCGACUCCAACUCCAACGAUAGUCCCCUACUCAGCUCUAACAUUCUCCACCACCCCGACUCCAACUCCAACGAUAGCCCCCUACUCAGCCCCAACUUUCUCCACCACCCCGACUCCAACUCCAACGAUAGCCCCCUACUCAGCCCCAACUUGCCACACCACCCCGACUCCAACUAUAGCCCCCUGCACCAUCCUAACACAAACUGCCACACCCUGCUCCUCCUUAAAUAAAGCAUUCAUCUACUGCACCUCUCCACCUCCAACUGUGACAUCGUGCCACCCAACAACCCAAACCGCCCCUCCCUACAUCUCCUUAAUUCAAACCAUACCACCUGGGAACCCCCCAUGUCCGACCAUACCCCCUGGGAAUGCUCCGUGUCAGACCAUACCACCUGGGAACCCCCCAUGUCAGACCAGACCCCCUGGGAACCCCCCAUGUCAGACCAUACCCCCUUGGAACCCCCCAUGUCAGACCAUACCCCCUGGGAACCCUCCAUGUCAGACCAUACCACCUGGGAACCCCCCAUGUCAGACCAUACCCUCUGGGAACCCCCCAUGUCAGACCAUACCACCUGGGAACCCCCCAUGUCCGACCAUACCCCCUGGGAACCCUCCAUGUCAGACCAUACCACCUGGGAACCCUCCAUGUCAGAUCAUACCCCCGGGGAACCCCCCAUGUCAGACCAUACCCCCUGGGAACCCUCCAUGCCAGACCAUACCACCUGGGAACCCCCCAUGUCAGACCAUACCCCCUGGGAACCCUCCAUGUCAGACCAUACCACCUGGGAACCCUCCAUGUCAGAUCAUACCCCCGGGGAACCCUCCAUGUCAGACCAUACCCCCGGGGAACCCUCCAUAUCAGACCAUACCCCUGGGGAACCCUCCAUGUCAGACCAUACUCCCUGGAAACCCUCCAUGUCAGACCAUACUCCCUGGGAACCCUUCAUGUCAGACCAUACCACCUGGGAACCCUCCAUGUCAGACCAUACUCCCUGGGAACCCUCCAUGUCAGACCAUACCACCUGGGAACCCUCCAUGUCAGACCAUAUUCCCUGGGAACCCUCCAUGUCAGACCAUACCACCUGGCAACCCUCCAUGUCAGACCAUACUCCCUGGGAACCCUCCAUGUCAGACCAUACCACCUGGGAACCCCCCAUGUCAGACCAUACCCCCUGGGAACCCUCCAUGUCAGACCAUACCACCUGGGAACCCCCCAUGUCAGACCAUACCACCCUGCUCCUCCCAACCUCCAGUAGUUCCUUCCUACUCUGCCCACAUUCAAAUCCAAACGAUAAAAUACUGCUCCUCUCACUCUACCAUCGUAAAAAGCUGCAACUCCCCAUCUCCAGUCGUAAAAUCCUACCAUACACUUCCAACGGGUCCAUCUUGCACCACUCCCACAAAAACUGUGCCCCUCUAUGCUUCCACAUUUCGGCCUGCGCCCCCCUACACCCCCCCAACUCAGGCCCAACACUGCAGCACUCAGGAGAGGAGGGUGAUAGAGUGGGAGUGUAGAGGGGAGAGAAGGAUACUUCCACCGCCACCCCCGCCACCUCCCCCAUACACGCCACGCAAAGAAGGGGUGAGCUGCACCUCAGGCCCAGGCCACCGGGCACCCCUGCUCAGGCGAGCGAGUGAGAAGGAGAAGUCAGGGAGAUCAGGGUCACCUGUGCACUGUCUGCGAGCCUGUUCUCUGAAACACAGAGCUCAAACACCCCCGGAGGUCCCUCUGAAAGGGAACCAGGGGGACCACGGUUCCUCACCAACCAAGGCCAUCCCCAGACCCACCUGCCUGGGCCAGGCUCAGGCUCAGCUGGGGGCUCAGAUUGGUGCUCUCCAUAAGAUGCUCUGCUCUGGGCCCAACACCCCCAACAGCCAGCACGCUUUCCCCCCUGGCCAGUACCCCUCCGGGGCCCGGGGCUGCUCUGGCUCUGGAGGGAGCUCCUCGGCCAGGCCCCUGACCUCCAUCCAGGCAGACACACUGAGGCAGGUGCAGGAGAUCCUGGGGGGGCUGGUGUCAGGGGCCAGGAGUAAACUGGAUCCCACCUGGGUGGCAGAGAAACUGAUGGGCCCCAAUGGGCCUUUGCACGACAUCCGCAGCCUGCAGACCCAGCUGCACAGCCUGGAAGGGGUCUUGGAGACCAGCCAGAAUACCAUCAAGGUACUGCUGGACGUUAUUCAGGACCUGGAGAAGAAGGAGGCUGAGAGAGAUGGGAGACACUCCUACCGGACAGGCCAAGACAUAGAGAACUGUGGUACGUGUAGAGACUGUGCCUGCAUCAUAUACAGUGUGGAGCAUGACUUCCGACUGCAGGAGGGGGCAGUGACCCGCACGUGGAGGGUAGAGGACCCUUCAGAGGGCUCCCCCCUGCCCGCUGUGACCCCUCAGCCCACCACGCCACACCGCCAGGAAACACCCAUGCCGGUGACACCGGCACGCCCCCCUCACAGUGGCAAGAAAAGCAGGAAGAAGUGCUUCUGGUUCUUGUGAACUUUAAACUUUGGAGGGAGGGUGGGAUAGGGAAGGACACAAUGAAUAAGGCCACUCCUUCUUAAGAUUGUGAAGGACGGAGAUGGAUACAGUACUUUACAUGCUUCCUCUAUAGACUGUGAGGGUCUGAAUAGUAGUGUGUGAAGUGUGCGGCCCUGAUGUGGAUGGAGAGAGAGAAAGAAAAUGGAAGCUCAAAACAAGUGUGAGAAGAAGCAGUAAACAAGAGAGUUUAAAAGAGAUAUUAAAGAGGAAUAAAAUAUAAAUAGAGGUAACAGAGGUAUAAAAGAGGUAUAAAAGUAGUUAAAGGACCUGGAAGAAGCGUAGUGUAGAUGAAUGGAGUCUGUGCUGAUCCUGGUGAUGGAACUGUACAGAGUGAAGAGUGGAACGAACAUGCUUGUGUUGUAGUUGCACCUAAAUAAAUGCCUCUUCAGCACCUGAGAUCAGUUUUUAUUGCAGGGAGGGAGGUACUGUAAAAUGUUCUAAAACGUACUAAGCUUUGAACAGGCCUACCUGGUAGGGGCAAUUAUAGAAGUGAAAGUGUAGAAGAUGAAAAUAAAGGGUAAGGAUAAAAUGAAGGAUAACGAAGUGAGGAGGUAUAAAAGGCUAGGGCAUGGUGGGAUUAAAAAAGAGCGGAAAAGAAGGAGUGUACAGAGAGACGAGUGGAAGGAUCCAUCCGCAUCACUAAUGGGCAAAUGAUGGUUAGAACACCAGCUUUUAUAUCCUGAGACGUUUCAACAAAUCAAUUAUUAUGAUGACCCUUAUUUAAAACUUUUCAUAGAAUUGAUCAUACAAAAACUACACACAUACAACAACACAGGCUGAGAAAUGCACCAGGAGAAAAAGUGAGGGGGGAAAACAUAUUGAAGUGUACAUAAAACACAGAGUUCUACUGGUUGAAUUGCUAUAUUUCAGAUACGGAUUACUGCCAUAUAAAGUAUUUUACAACAACUUGUACGGGAAUAUUGUCAUUAAUGCUGUCAUUGAUUUUUAACAAGAUUAAGUCUUGUGAUGAGUCACAAGUUGGUAUAGCUUGUUAGCAGUGCUUUUUGUCGUUGGGUAGCUACAGAACACCUGUUGCCUGGCCUAAACACAAUUAGCGUUGUUACCUCGUACCCCUACACAUCGACUUGGUACUGGUACCCAGUUUAUAUAGCCAAGUUAUCGCUGCUCAUUCGGUAUUUAUUCCUCGUUAUAUUAUUUCUAAUUGUUUCUCUCUGCAUUGUUGGGAAGGCCCCUUAAGUAACCUGUUGGCCAUAUACCAGCAUUUGACACAAUUUUAUUUGAGCUCCACUGUUAUAGCAUCCCACUCUCUAGCUCUCUGUCAGUUCCCACCGUUCGGAGUUAGCUAGCUGAACUUUUGAUUGUCUUAGCUGGCUAGUGGGCUAACUGCACCACAGGUGUUUUAGCUAGCAACCUUUGGGCUAAACCCCCAUUCUGUUUGUUUGGCUAACACGAGCGGUGCUGUUUCUUCACAGUGUGUUACCACACCAUUGAAGCACCAUCCCUUUUACAUUCCCAUGGUAUCUCUGUGCAUUGAAAUUGCAAUCAAUAAAAUGCAAUUGUCUUCGUU